GCCCCCUUAUCUGGAUGCUCCUGCACCUUGCUCCUGCAGCUGCUGCGCAAGAUGUUGAUUUUCAUUCCAUUGUUUUGAUAUUUUUCUUCGAUUUUGAAAAUUGAGUUAUAAAAGAAAAGGUUGUGUCAUCAAGACAAUGUCAAGUGGGGUGCUGUUGGUGCGGGACUACAGACCCGGCGAUGAAAUCUCCUGCUGUGAAAUCGUCCAGGAAGGCACCAUGUCUACCGUCAACAGAGCCUUUGUGUCUGCCCUGAUCAGGGAAGUGACCUUCCAGCUGAUGGUGCUCGCCUCAGCCAUCAUGUUUAUCUUCAUGGGCCUGCCCUUGAAGGCCUGCUUGUAUGUGAUCCCCGGCGUGAUUGUGUUCAUGUACUUGGCGGUGUGGGGUGGCCACAUGUUUAAAGCCCUUGAGCAACAACAGGACGUCCGCAAUGUCCCCAGGAUGUACAUGAGCUCGGAGAACACAGGCUUCUGGGUGGCCGAGGUCUUCGAGCCAUUCUUCAGUAAUGGAGCCACAGGAAAACUUGCCCUGGUCAACGAGGCAGGCCUUAAAGGUUGCGGCCUUGACCUGACUAACUGCCGACGCGUUCUUGUGGGCACCAUUGCUGUUAGCAAAAGCAAACUUAACCCUGAGCAGGGUGCUUGGAUCAAGAGAUUGGCAGUCAAGAACAAAUAUAGGCAUCGAGGUGUUGGAACUGCUCUUUUGAACGAAGCCAUCUCCUUUUGCCGCACAAGUGGAUACCAGGAGGUCGAGUUGGUGACCUCUGAAUGCCAAGACACAGCUCGAGAGCUCUGCUUCAAGCAGGGUUUUGAUCUCAAGCAGAUGUACCACCGCCCAGUGUUUGGUCCGCUGGCCACAAUGACCAUGUACCAGCUGCUGUGCCGUCUCCACUCGAACCAAGUCAAGAAUUUGUAAUCUUAAAUGAGGGCUUCCUUGCGUACUUUUGACUUUAUGAGAUUUUGCAUGAUCUUGUAAUUUAUCGUAAACAUUCUUUACUGCAUUUACAUAGACUAAGCUCUUAUCUAUAAAAAUUUUGAAUGUAGUUUUUAGAAUUCAAUCGAGAAAACUUCCAAUUUAAAUAAGCCAAAUAUUGUAAGACAAAAAUUGUAUCCCUUCACUCUUGAAGAAAUUCUAAAACAUUCGUCAGGUGAUAUUUUUAACAUUUAUUAAUCGGGACACUUAUAGUCCUUACACCAUGUAUACAGCCGUUUAAAACUUUUUAAACGAACAAUAAUUUUGAAUAAAAUAUUGAAUUUAGGACUAAUUAAGC